AUGGCACGCAAACUCAUUGUUCUUGCUCUUGUUUUUGUUGCCAUUCUUGGGUUGGCUGCAGCUGCAGACCCUGCUCCUUCCACAACUGACGUCCCUGCAGCUGAGGCACCUUUAAGCGAUGAUUUUAUCGGUACUGAUGAUGGUGAUGCGGCUGGUGCACCUUCUGCUGAUGGUACCACGGUUGUUCCAGGGCCAAUGGGGAGUACUACAUCCGCUGAGGGUCCUUCAGCUUCUGAAAAAGGUGGUGCCGCCACCCUCGAGUUCUCUGCCGUUGCUGGAGUUGCCACUGUCGCUGGCUACUUCUUAUUCUAA